AAUUUUUCAUUUUUUUUGUGAUUUUAUUUAUAUAAUGAAUUAUUGGCCGUACAUUAUUGAUAGGAGGACAAAGCUAGAUUCCAGCACGAUGCAAUCUAUAAGACUUGCCAGAAAGAGAAGGGAGUCUGGAGCUUCUGCUGAACCCACCGCUGGUUACAAUAGCGGCGCUUACAGUAACGCGUUGAACGGUGAAGUACCAAAUUCUUCGUCUUCUUCUUCUAAAGGUAUUUACACCUCUACUGAACUCAAUUCUGGUUACGAUAACGGUACUCACAAUGACGGAUUGAACGCCGAAUUUGCAAAUUCUUCGUCUUCUCCUCCUUCUAGAGGUAUAUACACCUCUACUGUGGGUGAUGAUGGAAGACAAAAUGUCGAACAUUCUGAAAAGAGACGAUGGUGGGAAUUCAAAAACAGGAAAAACUCGUUAGGAAAAUAAAAAGAAGGAUCAUGAAAAGAUCCGGCUGAAUUGGCUUUUACUCUUAUUGAAUGGAGUGAAAAUAUCCUUCUACUCUUGAUUACAGAAACUGCUCUAGCAUAUUUUUGUUUUCUUGUUGGAUGCUUUUGAGAUUAAAAAAGCUGAGCUGUGAAAUUAAAUAGUUUCGGAUUGGAUUCAUAUCCGUUUACGCUUUUUACAUAAUUUCAUCACUAUCUACAAAGUUUAAUUGUUAUUGACUGGUGCGUGCGUCGUUCACCCAUCGGUGUGCAUUUGUUUAUCAUUACAAAAAUUGUAUCUCUAAACUUAGAAAAGAUAUUUGGUAAGUCCGUUUUAUGAGAGCCUUUGUAUGAUUCCUGAUAGCAGCUUUUCUGUAAAAGGUCGAAAAGGAAUAACAAUGAAUGCUCAUGUUAUGGCGUGUAGCAAUUGAUCAGAAAAAAAAUUAAUGGAUCACUAAUCCUAAAGAAAUAAGCUUAUUGGAAGUAAAUAUUCAUCGGUGUAAUAUUCAAUUUUGCUGAUAUAUUCCUUUUACGAAAUAUAAUAAGUAAAAAUGGAAUAGAUAUUUACGUUUUGUAGGCGUUCUUGCUCGAAGCACGAAUACGCUUGCCAUAUCUAUAAAAGACGAACGGAAUAGGCCCCAUGUAAGUACACUAGUGGUCCAAUGAUCACCCAAAUUCAGAUACAUUGGACGAGCAGCGAGUGCCACACUCCCACUAGCGCAAUAGCAUACCACGGUUGCUGCAGCAAGCGCACUGGGAGGUUGAUACGAGUCGAUAAUUUAAUUUACGAAACAAAAAAAAAAAAAAAAAUUAUGACUAAGCAAAUCCGAAAAAAGUACUAGCUAUCAUAGGUACAAUCCAAUGAAUAUGGCCAGCAUAGCAAGUCCAUGGCAACCAAAACAUGGAUAUAGGAAGGUCAAAGGCGCCAAUGAAAAGGGAUACAACAGAUCUUCAGGGCACAUAACAGAUCUUUAGUUUGUAGGCCAAGAGAAAUUAUUUAUAAGUUAUUGGCGUCAAAAGACCAGCAAUAACAUGCUAACACCGACUCCAAUAAAUGACAAACCUAAAUCACCAUAAUUGAAACCGUAUUAUGCCUAAAUAAUCGGGUAUGCUUCGAAAUUCAUUUAGUUAAUGACGUAAACGACAGUGAAGUAAAGGGUAAAGCCAACGACAAUAGGUUCAGUCAAAAAGAGUGAGACUGCCUAAUUAGCUGCCUGAAAGAUUGCGUUUUUGGGGUCGCGCUGACGCUCAUGAAUUGUAUAGUAAGCAGAAUCACAAGUGCUUCCGAAUAUAUUUUGCCUUAUAAUAAAGGAUUGCUUGACCAUCAGUUUUAGGAACCAAAAAGAAAAUGAGUAGCAAGGCACCCGCUGCCCAAAUCAUAUUGAUCCAAAAAAGCCAGCGCCAACGCAGAUAGCUCUGAACAAUGAAGUCACCAAUGAAAGGACUGAUAAUGAGGCCUAAUAACGGGAAAGCGAGAAACCCCGGAAGGAGAUAGGUACGCUGAAUAGGAUCGAAUAUAUCACUCAAUGUACCACCGGAAAUCUCAAGAGGGGUACAUCCAAAAAUACCUAGGAAAAAUAUGAUACCCAAUAGUCCAUAUAUUUUGCACAGCCUCCGCCAAUUUAGAAGCUUAUAACAAAGUAAGGAAAUAAACAAUCAACCUAUUACAAAUACUACUUAAGGGAGCAAAAGGAAGAGAUCCAAAACCGAAGUCAACCAAAAAUGUGCAAGAGCCAAUAAUAGAUACAGGUCUAGAAGCAUGGAGCUGGCUAGCAGCUUGUUUAACACCAAUCGAAUAUAUACUAGAAUCAAACAUCACAACGAUUGUUAUAAUUAGAGUUACAAUAUUUUCAGUCUUAGACUUACUUGACGGAUUCAAAGGACCAUCAGGACUACCUUAAGUUACUAAAUAAGAUUUAGUUUAUGCUCGAUUUACCUCUUUUGCUGAAUUAUACUCCCUCUUUCCAAUUCACCAUGUCUAAAUGCCAUGGAUACUUCUAUCGAAACCACGGAUCUGUUGCUUGAACGAGAUGUAGCCUUAUUAGCAGCAUCAACACCGUUAGAUAGCUUCGUAGGAAAAGAUCGAUGAAAAAAGGUUUGCUAAUGUUCAAGGUUUGUUCCCGCUCGUCACAACUCGUACAAAUUUCACGGUUUUGUUACUAAACAGUACAGAGAGAUGUUCUGUAAAGUUGGCAGAGCAAGCUUAUGUUUGUGAAGCAUUCUAAGAUUACCUUCUACUUGUCUCCAUUUUUUGUUUUAAUUUCUAACUCUUUCUACUUUAAGUAGAAUAUCCACAAAGUUACCUUCAAGGACGGUUAUGCUCAAGCUAGACUAAUAUCGCUUUUGCUUGCAUUGUAUUCAUAAAGUCUAGGGAAGUUUUUAUAGGUUUAUCUUUCAUGAACUAAUUUGCUUUUUUGUUUCUUCUCAUAUGCACAAUUAUCAAUUAUACGUUUAUGCACCAAACAGAAAGUACUCCGUUCGGGACCGCACUGAAGUAAUGCAAUUUACUAAACAUGGUUUAUCAGAUUAUAUAAUAUUCAUAAAGGUAUAUUUCGGUAAAUUGUUUACCGAAAAAUUAUCCGGCUAUUUCUGCAACAGUAAC